UUUUUAUGCAAAAGUUGACCAAAUUAGGUAAUAUCAUACCAAUGGAAUAUAUUGGGAUCGGUCAUGUGAAAUAAUCUAGUCAAAUAACAUUUCUUUUGUGACUUCGGCUUCUUUGAAAUGGUAACACAGAAACCCUCGGAAGAAGCAAAAAACUUGUAUUCUCCAGAAAGUUAAAAAAGUGCUUUUUUCCUUGACAGAAACCAUUUACUACGGUUGUCAUGACAACGAGUAUGAAACCUUCUGAACCUAUGUGACACUGUCUACUCAAAGAAUCCAUCAUUCAUUUCUUGUUCCUAUGUGGCUUGAGAGAAACGCUAAGAACGAAUUUCUUUUAAGUAAUUCAAAGAACAAUUUGCUAAAGAAGAAUGUUUACCAGAUUAAUCAUGGUAAUUGUAUGAAUGACAAAUUAACGCAGAAUAAAAAAGCAUCUGACCCAAAUAAGAAGAUAGUGCAAAACAGGAGACAGAGACAUAGGUCAUUUACCCCAGGAAAAUUAUCCACAAAUUUUCAAUUCCAGAAAUCUAACGAAGUUUGUGCACCAAAACAUCUAAACAAGAUUCGUGGAUUAACGGACGGUCCAGAUGACUGCAAAAAACGAUCUAUGAGUAAUGUUUCUCAGCAACUCUCAACUCAACAACUCAGUAAAUCAAAUAGAUCAAAAAGCAUCGCAUCGAUCAAUACACGUAAAACCGGAUUCUUAAGUAAUGAGGAAGAUAGAGCACUAUUCGCGAAGCAAAGAUCUAUAAUAUAUCAGUUAAAUGAAAUUAUGAGAAAAUCAGAAAUAGCCAAUUACGAAGCUUUCAUGAACUUAAACCAUACAAAUUGAUUAUGCUAAUAGGAAAGGAUGAAUAUAUGCAGCAUUAACACAG